AUGGCGCCGCUGCCAGGAAGCCUGGCGUCAACCAGUCCGGCGGUGGCCAAGAUGCUGCAAAAGUGGAGCUUCAAGGAGGGCUCAGGCCUUGGCGCACGGGGACAAGGGAUCGUUGCCCCCGUACAGCCCACGCUGCUACACCCUACAACCGGAAUCGGCUAUGGAGAGAGGUCGUACCAAAACGGCCUCCCGGACAAGACGCCGGUGGUCCAAGAAGAGUGGCGCCGUCGGUGCGAGGAACUUUCACGAGUCCUUCAGCUUGAAGAGGACUGCUGCAACAAGACACUCGAGCUGCUGCGCGACAUGGCCGAAGAGGACGACAGCUCGGCGGAGACGACGGAGGCGCUGGCGGCGGUCCUCAAGUCCAUGGAGGUGUUUCAGGAGAAGCGCACGCCGGGGAUGUGGAAAGCCACGUUGCCUUCUUCCACCUUGCUCUACAUCAUCGAGAACGUGAUCAAGCCGAAGAUUGCCGCGGACGCGCGGGAAUGGACGCCGUCAUGGGACCCGGACUGCCACCUCUGGGUUCGUCCGUGGGUUCCCCUCGUCGGCCACCUGCCGGACAGCCUCUACGACGCCGUGGAGAGUAAGAUCGUCAAGCACGCCGACGAGUUCGCCGUCAUCUCCCCGUGGAAGGAUCUUAUGGAUCCGACACAGUGGGAGACGUACACCCGGCGCCACGUCCUGCCGUGGCUGACGCGUCUAGUGCGGGAGCUGAUGAUCGCGCCGCCGAAGCAGAUGGACCCUUCCUUCCACACGUUGAUGCAGUGGGCGCCCCUCGUGCCGGCCAAGAUCGUGGUCUCCAUCCUUGAAGAAGAGCUCUUCUUCGACAGAUUUGAGGAUGCGCUGCGCCACUGGCUGCAGUCCGGCGCCGGCAAGCCGUCUUCCGAGGUGGCCCUCGCUUGGUGCACCGGAUGGAAGAAUUUGCUCACCCCCGAGCUGCUCGCCGACGAAGGAGUGCUCGCGCGUAUGAAUGCCGUCGUCGACUUGGUCGAUGCUCAUGCCUAG